AUAAAUAAAGCCGUGCACCGGAGAAUACAGCUCUUAAAAAAAAAAAAAUAAAUGUCUGUGCUGAGUGCGCAUGCGUGAGAGCAGGUCCAACAUGGCGGCCGCAGAGCUGCGCGCUGCGGAUUCAGACUCUCAAACCGAGAAUAAAGUGUUUAAAGCGGAUCGUGCCGCUGAGUUUAACACUGUCACAAACACUAGAGUAAAUAAUGCCCCAAGUAAAGAGUCUGAGGAGGAGCAGCUGAAGCGAGUUCUGACAGAUUCUCACUGUCACGUGUGCGACGCCGUCCUGGUGCACGUCUCCCAGAGGAACGCACACUACCAGGGUAAAAAACACGCCAUGAAACUCAAGACGUAUCUGCAGACGCUCCGAGGACAGAGGACGGACGAGGCGGGUGUGCGCUGGUUGCCGGGCGACAGGGAGCGCUUCUGUUCUCUGUGUAACAUGGUGUUCAGCUCCGCGGUGGUGGCCAAGUCUCACUACGACGGAAAAGUCCACGGCAAAAACCUCCGGAAGCGCGGCCUCCCCCCUGACGCUGUUUUCACCUCCUCUGAACCGUCUGCUCCUCUGGACUCUUCCUCUGCUCCUUCCUCUUCCUCUGCUCCUUCCUCUGCUCCUCUGACACCUCCUAACCCCUCUGAAGGUCACGUGUGCUCUGCGUCUUCCUCUGCACCCUCCUCCCUCUCCUCCUCCUCCUCUUUCCUUUCUCCAUUUUCUUCUCCAUCCUCUGCUCCCUCCCAAACAACUCUCACACCUGCUCCUUCCUCUGCACCUGCUCCUUCCUCUGCACCUGCUCCUUCCUCUGCACCUGCUCCUUCCUCUGCACCUGCUCCUUCCUCUGCAUCCUCUGCAUCUUCUGUUCCCUCCAUCACAGCUUCAUGUGCUGCUGAGUCAUCCUCUGUUCCUCCUCUCGCCUCCUCUGUUCCUCUUCCCUCCUCCUCCUCCUCCUCUGCUCGCCUUGACUCGGACCCGGCUCGGUUCUGCUCUCUGUGCUGCGUGUCCUUCACUCACAGACAGGUGGCGCUGCAGCACUACAGCGGCAAAAAACACCAGAGGAACCGGAGCCGCCAGGAAGUUCUACAGAAACUGGAGAUGGACGACGGGGUCAAAGGUGGUGGUCUCCAUUGCGCCCUCUGCUGUCUGAGCUUCAGUUCUGUGGAGAUGUUUCAGUCUCACGUGGGCGGAGCCAAACACAUCAACAAGGAGCUGAAGGUUCAGGAGAUUUGUCGCUCUCAACAGAAAGUCUACAGCUCCUUUAACGACGAGCUCCAGGAUUAUAUCAAAGUCCAGCAGGUCCGAGGGCUGCGUCCAAAACCUGCUCUCGGCAACAAGGACGCGAGCAAGGACACGAAGAAGGACGCAGAGCAAGGACACGAACAAGGACGCGAGUGAGGAUC